AUGGAUCAUUACCAAGCGACUCCCACGCAUUACGACCCCCAACUACGUAAUGAUAUCGAUCCUGCACAAGCCAAAAAGGGCCCCAAGGUUCCAGUGAUACGGAUCUUUGGGUCGACAGAGACUGGCCAGAAGUACGGCGAAAAUGCUAGAUUCGUUGCGCGGAUUACCCUUGUCAAGGGCAUUCCCUUCUAUGGGUUUCAUGUUGGCUAUAGGUUCUUCCUCAAGAUCUACAUGUUCAACCCCAUAGUUAUGACAAGAUUGGCCGAUUUACUUCAACAAGGUGUCAUUUUGAAAAGGAAAUUUCAACCUUACGAGGCUCAUCUUCAGUACUUGUUGCAGUUUAUGACGGACUACAACUUGUACGGCUGCGGCUAUCUGGAUGCGUCUAAUGUCUGCUUCAGAAGCCCUGUUCCUUCUUAUGAUGAGGAAGGGAACUCACAGCACCUAUGGCAUGAUCGAUCAAUUCCACAGGGCCGUGUUCUGGACGACCUUAACCUGCCUCGCGUCAGCCACUGCUCUAUCGAAGUUGACAUUUGUGUACAACACAUAAUCAAUCGCCGCAUGGUCAAAGAGCGAAGACUUCAUCACGACUUCAUUGAGCGCCUCAACCCGCUGCCAACAGAUAUGAAGUUAGUAUACAGUAUGGCCGGUUUGUGGAAGGACGAGACUCGUAGACGGAAGCUGAAGAUUCCAAACGCGUCCCCCGGAAGCAGCCCCUUUCCAGCGGAAGUCUUAAUCUCGAUGUCUGCAAAUGCACGCGACUCGCAACCACAAGGAUGGAUUCAUGAGGAAGAGUAUAAGGAAGAAAUCGUUCGGAUUAUCGACGCCGAAAAGGAGGCUGACGGUCAAGGUGGGCCAACAUUCGAGACGUUUGUCGAGCAUGCGCCCCUGGAACCCACUGUAAAAACAGCGCUUCAGUCUGUAGAGGACUUGUAUCCUGUGAACCUCCUGCCCGCUCUGGGUCUGCCUUCAAACCAUGUCCCAACCGACCAGAACCCUGCGAGUAGCAUCGAAGUCGAUGAGCAGGGCGCGCUCAAUCUGGGUGGCGAUGGCUUUGAUCUGUUUCCUGCAGAUUCCGACGAGGAUGCCCUUAUUCAAAUUGGAGAGGGUCGUUCCAAACAUAUGGACCGAGUCGAUAGAGUAACUGAGACAGAGAAGCCCCAAGGCGGCCGACCAAAACCACAUACAGACGAUACAGGUUCCAAGGCCAACAAGAAUACCAACAAGUCUACCCCUGGGAUUCUUACUGGAAAGCCGAUGGCGAAUCAACAAUUAUCCUUCCCGGUGGUAAAAAGCCAAGAGGAUCCCACCACCAAGCUUCGAUUGAGUCAAAACAGCCGACAGCAGGAGAGAAAGGACUCUCAGAAGCAUGUGUCCUUCAGCGCCGUGCAGGAAGUUAUUGGAACCAAGCUCGACUUGAAUGAAACGCCUAAAAGGGUCCGCAUUGCAACCCCAGUAUCAAACUCGGAUGAGGCAGAAACACAAAUACAUCGAGUACAGAUAGCUCAGCGGGCAUUUUCUAAUAAGCGGCAGCUCUUGAUCGGGACAAUGCCUCCAAGAUCUAAGGACAUCAUCUCAACGUUUAAAGACCUACAUAUCCCCGACGUCAUCUAUCAAGAUGCAUAUUAUAGUGAGGAGAAAGAUGUCCCUGCUCGUCCAAGAGAAUAUGCCGGUCGAGAAUUUCGACUAGAAAGUACUGCCCUUCCUUAUCUUGCCGAAUUCGAUCAUACUGGCACAUCUGCCGCAAGUAUGGGCAUCAAGUCAGAAGCCCCGGUCGACAAGUCCAAAGCCGAUCAGAUUUAUGAGAUGCAAGGAAAGCGGUGCUCCUAUCGAAGCUGGGAGAUAGCUCAACCACCCCCGACUGCCAAAGAGGUCAGAGAUUGGUGGGACAACAAGCACACCAUGCGGAAGAGCAAAGCCGGCGUUAACGGACAACUCUCAGGAAGCACACAAGCUUCUAAACGUUAUCUAUCUCAAAUCGACGGCCCAACGCCAAAGAACAAGCAUGGGUUCAAAUACUCGCCAAAGAAGAAAUCAACGGGCGUCAAACACGAGGCACAGUACAUGAGUACUAUGGCUUUGGAAGUCCAUGUCAAUACGAGAGGCAAAUUUGUUCCAAACCCAGACGAAGACGAAGUUCAAUGUAUCUUUUGGUCUAUCAAGGCAGAUAGUACCAUAAGCGCCAGUCAAACUACAGAUGGAGUCAUCGCCGGAGUGGUAGUUUUGUCGCCAGACGGUGCUCUAGCUGAACGGAUGAGGCGAUAUAUCUCUGCAGAAGUUCUGGAAGAAUCUUCUGAACUCGACCUUAUGGUUCGCAUGGUGGAGAUAGUCAGGGUACAUGACCCCGACAUAUUGACGGGUUAUGAAGUUCAUGGCAGCUCUUGGGGCUAUCUUAUUGAGAGAGCUCGUCUGAAGUAUGACUACGAUCUCUGUGAUGAGUUCUCUCGCAUGAAAAGCAACUCGCAUGGCCGAAUCGGGAAAGAAAAUGAUCGCUGGGGAUUCAACACAACCUCAACAAUUCGUGUUACCGGUAGACACAUGAUUAACAUCUGGCGAGCGAUGCGGGGAGAGCUGAAUCUUCUUCAGUACACAAUGGAAAACGUUGUAUGGCAUGUCCUACAUCGACGUAUCCCUCACUACUCUUGGAAGACCUUGACAGAAUGGUACAAGAGUAACAGACAACGAGACCUCGACAAGCUUUUACGUUACUACCUUGCACGGACACGCAUCGAUAUUCAGAUCUUGGAGCGCAACGAGUUGAUUCCUAGGACAAGCGAACAAGCAAGGCUCCUGGGUGUCGACUUCUUCUCCGUCUUCUCCCGAGGUUCCCAAUUCAAGGUGGAGUCAAUCAUGUUCAGAAUUGCCAAACCAGAAAACUUUAUGCUCGUCUCUCCAAGCAGGAAACAAGUUGGAGGUCAGAAUGCCCUCGAGUGUCUCCCACUUGUCAUGGAGCCUCAAAGUGCCUUCUAUAAUAGCCCUUUGCUGGUACUUGACUUUCAAAGUCUUUACCCCAGCGUAAUGAUUGCUUACAAUAUCUGCUACUCAACGUUUCUCGGUCGCAUUGUCAACUGGAGAGGGAUGAACAAAAUGGGGUUCACAGAGUAUCAAAGACACAAACGGUUGCUUGAACUCCUCAAGGAUCACAUCAACAUCACUCCGAACGGGAUGAUGUAUGUAAGGCCGGAGAUUCGCAAGUCUCUACUGGCUAAAAUGCUAGGCGAGAUCUUGGAGACUCGAGUAAUGGUCAAGAGUGGGAUGAAGCAAGACAAGGACGAUAAGACAUUGCAGCAGCUGCUUAACAACCGGCAGCUUGCACUCAAACUUCUCGCCAAUGUCACUUACGGCUAUACGUCUGCGUCGUUUUCUGGCCGGAUGCCAUGCUCCGAGAUUGCAGACAGCAUCGUCCAGACAGGCAGAGAGACGUUAGAGAGAGCCAUUGCGUAUAUUCAUUCGCAAGAACGAUGGGGCGCUGAAGUUGUCUACGGCGAUACGGACAGUUUAUUUGUCUACCUCAAGGGCCGAACCAAGGACCAAGCUUUUGAUAUUGGCAACGAAAUCGCCAAAGCCAUCACGAACAUGAAUCCCAGGCCGGUUAAGCUCAAGUUUGAGAAGGUGUACCACCCGUGCGUUCUUCUUGCUAAGAAGCGUUACGUCGGCUAUAAGUACGAGAGCAAAGACCAAGUCAAACCUGACUUUGAUGCCAAAGGCAUAGAAACUGUUAGGCGAGAUGGGACCCCCGCAGAGCAGAAGAUCGAAGAGAAGGCACUCAAGAUUCUAUUUGAGACAGCAAACCUUAGCGAAGUCAAGUCGUACUUCCAGUCACAAUGCGAGAAGAUAAUGCGAGGUUCAGUCUCGAUCCAAGACUUCUGCUAUGCUAAGGAGGUUAGGCUUGGGUCUUACAGCGAGAAAGGCCCGCCACCGCCCGGAGCCCUGAUCAGCACAAAAAGAAUGCUCGAAGAUGCCCGGGCGGAGCCACAGUACGGGGAGCGAGUACCAUAUGUCGUGAUUACAGGCGCUCCUGGCGCACGCUUAAUCGACCGUUGUGUUGCUCCAGAAGACCUCCUCAAUGACUCGCACUCACAAUUGGAUGCCGAGUACUACAUCUCAAAGAAUCUGAUACCGCCGCUGGAGAGGAUCUUCAAUUUGGUAGGGGCCAAUGUGCGGCAAUGGUACGAUGAGAUGCCCAAAGUGCAGCGAAUUCGUCGCGUAGACCAAACACUCGGGGCUGGUUUGACUAAAAAGACACUAGAGUCUUAUCUGAAAUCAGCAUCCUGCAUUUCAUGCAAUGUCAAAAUGCAGGUGGAGGGUGUCCUGUGCUCUAGGUGCCAGCAGGACGCGCCGUCGUCACUGUUCAACCUUCAGAUGCGGUUGAACCAAGAAGAGAGGAACCGCCGUCCUAGUGGAAGAUGCUCGCUGCUCAGUGACCUCACCGUCGCCAGGGAUCCCAUAUCUAGCGUUUCUCGCGGGGUAAACAGGGAUCUUGCCACCGAUCCGACAGGAGGACUGACCUUCAUACCCUUGGUCAUCGUUGUCGUAUUGGCACAUGCGUACCUGACCCUUCCUUACCGACAAGAUGUUGACACGGGUCUUGGAGAUGAGGGCGGUCAGAACUCUGUUGUCCAGCCUGGCGAUGAUCUUACAUCACUCGAGGCCGUAAAGGCCGCCGAGAAAGAAGACGCGGCGACGAAGCGCCCGACAGCCCAAGAUAACGACGUGGCGGCGGGGUAUUUCGCCGUUUGUCGUGAAUAUACACCCAUGGGGAUCAACGCGAAGCCCAUCGAGCGAGCCACCCCGACCGGGUCGACAACUGUCGCCGCACCGAGCCAGAGUGUCUACCAGACCAUGUACAGGAGCAUUUUUGAGCGGAAGCCAACACCAGGGCCCUUGGAUAAUAAAAAUGGCUUGAGCCAGCGUCCCAAAAAUGCUGGCAACGUCUUCUAUGUUGUGCUCAGGCAUGGUCAUUUGAUGCUCUUCGAUGACGAGGAGCAGAUUGAAGUCCGGCAUGUUGUUUCGUUGGCGCACCAUGACAUCAGUAUAUACUCGGGGGGAGACGUGACGCCAGAAGGUGAACUAUACAUCAAGAGGAACGCGCUUUGCUUAUCAAGGAGACCGGAUGGCCCAGAGAUUGGCCCGGACAGUCAGCUCUCGAAACCGUUUUAUCUCUUCUCGGAAAAUUGUUCAGCCAAGGAGGACUUUUACUUCGCGCUCCUGCGCAAUCAGGAGCAGACGUUUGGGUCCGAGCGAAAGGCGCCUAAGCCGAAGCAGUUUGAGGUCAAAAACAUCAUAUCUCUGGUCCAGAAGCUGCACUCGUCAGAGGAGCACCUAUCGACGCGAUGGCUGAACGCGAUGAUUGGGCGGGUGUUCCUCGGAAUCUACAAGACCGCGGAUCUAGAACACCUCAUUCGGGAGAAGCUCACUAAGAAAAUAGCCAGGGUCAAGCGGCCAUCAUUCCUCACCAAUAUCGCUAUCCGCGGGAUCGAUACUGGCGAAUCAGCUCCUAUAAUCACUAACCCCCGUCACAAGGACUUGAACGUGGAGGGAGAGUGUAUGAUGGAGGCAGACAUACGGUAUACUGGAAACUUCCGAAUUGAGGUUGCCGCCACUGCACGUAUCGACCUUGGAUCGCGCUUCAAGGUUCGUGAGGUUGAUCUCGUUCUCGCCGUGGUUCUGAAGAAACUGGAAGGACACAUGUUCUUCAAAAUCAAGCCACCACCAAGCAAUCGAAUUUGGCUCUCUUUUCAAAGCAUGCCCAAGAUUGAAAUGACAAUCGAGCCGAUUGUCAGCGCUAGGCAGAUUACAUACACCAUUAUUCUGCGACAGAUUGAGAACAGGAUAAAGGAGGUUAUUGCCGAGACAUUGGUGCAGCCGUUCUGGGAUGAUAUGCCUUUCUUCAAUACGGAACACAAGAAGUGGCGAGGCGGAAUCUGGGAGGACGACAAUGCAGUCAACGGCUCGCCGACCGCGGAGGCUCAUAUCCCACAUGAGGGCGACGUUGAUGGAAUUGACCACGUUGAGGAAACAGUGGACAUGCAAAACGUCAUGAGGCCUUUCGAAAAGAGUCACAGCAUGCCAAUAGUUGAGAACUCGCCUCCUACAGGCUUAUUCGGCAGAAAGAUCCAAGCCAACAAGACGCUGAACAGCCCCUUGAACAGCUCCUCUACGAGCGUCGACGUCUCGGGCUCGCCUACGUCUGCAACAGCUUUGCCUCGACCACUUAGAUCACCCUCCGUGUCGAGCCCAGCGAACCCUGUCGUUGGGACCGAUGCGGCCCAUGCGGACAUGUUCAAGCCGUCGACUUCGCCGUCGGAACAUGCAUCCAGCAUGAUGGCGGCAUUAUCAGCAAAGUCGCAGAACAGUUCACCAGUAGUGACACCUCUCGAGACCCCCGCAAGGCCGGCGCCCGCCGCCAAAGCACCAAGCCAGACCUCUACAUCGUCCCGCGAGGCCACAGAUAACGAGAACGAGUCUGACCGAACACCGGUGGUUAAAGGACGACGAAGCACAAACUCAUCCGCCGAAUCGAUACGGGUACAUGAGUCAACCGACCCAAGCUCACCGACUUCGUCAACAAGGUCAGCUUCAGUUAGAAGUACCACGGGCUCAAUCUCGAAGGGGCUGUUCAGGCGAGACACCUCAGGAAGCACAGUCUCCGGCGCAUCGACAAACGGCGAGACGAAACGCGCCACGACGACCCUCGCGGCUGUCGCAAAUGCAGCGGUCACGGCGAGGCAAUGGGGUUGGAAUGCGCUGCAAAAGCACAAGGACGCGAAGAACGGCAAUACGGCAGAUCACAACUCCCCAGUGGACCUGAACCAGCCGAUGGGACGAGGUCGGCCCUUGCCACCUCCCGGCACCCCACUACCGCCCCCCGAAAGGGGUUCAAAGGUCACUACGAUCCCCGUGCCCAAGCGUGUGAUCGUGCCCCCGCCCAGUAUGCCAGAGCGACCGCAUUCGGCCGCACUGGCGGAAAGCAAAACGGAGCGCAGGCCAGUGCCGCCUCCGCCCUUGCCAUCGCGGCGUCAUAUAGACAGCAGCACCAAUGACGGCGGUGAGAACAUGUUGGUCGUCGAAGCACCUCUUGACUCUGAACCGUCCACGCCAAUGGAGGAGAACAUUCCCCAGCCGACAUACACCCAACCAUGGGUUGAAGAAACCGACGACUACGAGGAAUCUCCAUCCAUAGGCCCCCAAUAUCGUCACAGCAGCAACACCAGCGAGAAAACAAGCCGGACCCCUCCGCCCUUACCCCAACGACGGGCCGAGGAGGAUAGCCCUAUCGAGUCGGUCCCAAUCCAUGUAGACGAUGACGAUGAUUACUCCGCUUGGAUGGAUGAUACCAAUGAAACAUUCGAGAACGAGAACAGGAAGCCAGGCACCACGGUCUAG